AUGGAGAUCUCAGGGUAUAAACGCCGGAAGUCAAACGGGUUCGCGUAUCCUGCUAUUCCAGUAGGCGACCAGGACAUCGGUUCGUGGGAAACUGCGGACGAGCCGUUUACAAUCCGGCUCAUACCAGGCUACCCCUCCGAAGACAGGCUGAGAGCAGAUACGUUUCGCGCGGAAUCAAUCACCCACGUCAAUAAACAAAAUGAGCAGCUCGUCCGAAGCUACCAUCCCAGUUUAUCUUCUAGGGAGAGAGUAUGGGUCUCGGAGUCCGGUUUCGGUGAGACUGUCUGGCUCGUCGAUUCACCUAUACUUGGACGAGAGAGCGUCUAUGCCGGCGGACGGCCUAUUCACUACCUUCCCGGAGACCAUUACGAGUAUAUUCCUUUGGGGAUUCUCACCCCCCGAUCCCCCGAUAAAUACAAUCAGCACUUUGCUCGAUACAUUAACCCCAGGCGUUUCCUGCGACCCGCUGAUCUUGACAGCCUUCGAGAACUAUUUCCCGAGGCUGUAGGUGCGGAGGUACUUCUUGCGGGUUUCCUGGUUGUUCUUUUCGAAAAUAUGCAGCACGUACAUGAUGCGUACAGCGAGGUCUGGCCGUUAGAGCUAGCCGGUCUUCGAGUUUUCUUUGAUAUUACCCGCUAUGGCUUUACGACAUCACCCAUCCAAUCCGGUCUAGGCGUGAGUACUGACCCAAGUGGAGAACACCAUGCUCGUGCAGGGUGCCUCGGACUCAAGCUCCGGCUACAGAAUGGUUCUAUGGCCAUUACAACCGUCACUCAUGGAUUUGUUUAUUGUCCGGGGGCUUCGAUCCCCGUCAAUAUUUUCAAUAUGUUUCAAAAAAUGAUUGAGAAGGCAAAGCGGUCGUUGACACGGGGCAUGCCAACCAGGGUCGGCAAGAAUGAUGAUGCCUUCGUGAUUCCUAGAGAAGUGCUUACGAAUGACCCGGUCGGUAGAGGAGUAUGGCUGGCCUCUUCUCAUAAAAGGAUUGGCGCUAUAACCCGCACGUAUGACCAGCCAAGCCGCAUCAGACCGUACCUAGAAGGGUACAAUCACGACCUGUGUCUAAUCUCAGAUGCUACGCUUCCAGAUAUUGGCAGCCCCCCAGGCUACCCAACAGUAACAGGAUGGGCAGAUUACUCGGCGGCUCUCGAUGGACAGGAGGUAUAUGUUGUCUGUCACCAGACAAACGUUGCGCGAUGGCGAGUGAUUAGAGGAAAUCUGGAUUCGACCCUCUUUAAGAGGGCAGCAGUUCUCGGCACGGGUUAUAUGUGGGAUAGGAAAAGAAAGUCCCAAAGCUCGUUCUUGCUAUGGCACACAGGUACACAACUUACACCAGCUGACGGGUGGUCUGGGGCCCCUCUAUGCCUGGGGCGGCCAUCAGAUACGGCCGCGAAAGCAGUGGUAUUCCAGAAUUUUCAACGAUCCUAUUUCCUUGCCGGUCCGUCCUUGAAUACGAAAAAUUUUGCCUUGGCCAAAGCGGGGUUUCUUCUCCCACCGGAUGUCAAGAGCUCGACCAUCGUUAGUGCGGAUGUACAAAAUCGGAACAAGCAAUUUGACACACUACCAGCGGCAAAUAGAGACUUGUUCGAGUCCGAAUCUUAG